AUGGCAGCCAUCCCCUCCAGCAGCUGGCUUGUGGCCACUCACCAGUAUGACCAGCGCUGCCUGGGCUCCACUUCCAGUAACACGAAGUGCAGAGUAUCCUGGGGAAGUUGCCCCUCGCCACCCCAGGCUCCCCAUGGCCCACUUGGUCCACUCUCCCAUUCAUGGCUGCAGUGUUGGAGUCCCCAGAACACUCGGAGUCCCCUCCGGCCUCCAGCUUCAUGAUCUCCAUGAGCAAGCCAUCUGGU